GAUCACUUGUCAAAGAGCUGAUAGAAAUCAGGCGCGUGAGGAGCACAUGCGAAUUAGGUGGUCGGUAUCGUUAUCCAGUUAAGAGUGAGUGACUCCAAAUAGAUCCAACUGGCGACGCAUCGCUAAGUCACUGACACAUGUCUCAUUAGUUUCAUUUCUCUCCGCCGUUGGUGACACAAAUAUGGCUUUUUCUCUCUCCGCCGCAUCUCAAUCACUCUGCUCCUCCUCCACCGUCGCCUCUGUCUCUCUUUCCCCCGCCGUCGCCUCCUCCUCGCCCCCUCUCGUUGCUCUUUCUUCCUCUUCAUCGCCACAUUCUCUCCGAAGCCUCUCAUCUUCCUCUCUGUUUCCUCGUUCAUCCUUUAUUCAGAAAUCACGUCCGGUUAAUGGGACGAACAGAGGAUGUAGCACGGUGAGUUCACCAAAAUGCGCCGCCUCUGAUGUAGCUCAAUUGAGAAGCGCCAAAGAAGAUAUCAAAGUGCUUCUCCGCACAAAGUUUUGCCAUCCGAUUAUGGUUAGGCUGGGAUGGCACGAUGCUGGUACGUAUAACAAGAGCAUCGAGGAGUGGCCACAGAGAGGUGGAGCUAAUGCAAGUCUUAGAUUUGAGGCUGAGCUUAAGCAUGCUGCAAAUGCUGGUCUCAUUAGUGCUUUAAAGCUGAUUCAACCAAUCAAAGACAAGUAUCCUGACAUCUCUUACGCCGACUUGUUCCAGUUAGCUAGUGCCACUGCUAUAGAGGAGGCUGGUGGUCCUGAAAUCCCGAUGAAAUAUGGGAGAGUCGAUGUGUCAUCACCUGAACAGUGUCCAGAAGAAGGAAGACUCCCUGAUGCUGGACCGCCUUCACCAGCUGAUCAUUUGAGAGAUGUGUUCUACAGAAUGGGACUAAAUGAUAAGGAGAUAGUUGCGUUGUCUGGUGCACACACUCUAGGUCGAUCAAGACCUGAACGUAGCGGUUGGGGCAAACCGGAGACAAAGUACACGAAAACUGGACCUGGAGAACCAGGAGGACAGUCAUGGACAGUGAAAUGGCUUAAGUUUGACAAUUCCUACUUCAAGGAUAUCAAAGAAAAAAGGGACCAAGAUCUUCUUGUGUUACCCACUGACGCAGCCCUAUUCGAAGAUCCUUCCUUCAAGAACUAUGCAGAAAAAUAUGCUGAAGAUCCAGCGGCAUUCUUCAGGGAUUACGCUGAAGCUCAUGCCAAGCUCAGCAAUCUCGGAGCGAAAUUUGAUCCUCCCGAGGGCAUUAUCAUUGACAAUGGCCCUGCACAAGGAUCUCCAGAGAAGUUCGUAGCUGCUAAAUAUUCCACUGGAAAGAAAGAGCUUUCGGAUUCGAUGAAGAAGAAGAUAAGAGCAGAGUAUGAAGCAAUUGGAGGAAGCCCAGAUAAGCCAUUACCCACUAAUUACUUCCUCAACAUCAUAAUCGCCAUCAGCGUUUUGGUUCUCUUGUUCACUUUCUUUGGUAAUAAUAACAACUCCGAUUACUCUGGUUUCUAAUUGUAAAAUUUUGACAAAAAACAUGUUUUGAUUUCUCUUACAAUGUAUACAUACAUGAUUACGUGGUGUUCAUAUAUUCUUUGCAAAAGAACACAUCUUUUUAUAUAAAAUAUCAGUGUUGCAGUCGCAGUGAUGAAACACUUUCAAUA